AUGGCUUUAUCGACUACUCUUUUGCAGCAUCUCCUUGCAUGGUCGCUUAUCGGGACUCUCUUCGUGGUGGAUGGCGCUCCAGUCAAACGCAACACGUACACUCAUCUGGAAACUACGACAUAUGGCGACGCUAUCUUCGAACUCGGCAACCUAACUUAUCUGGCCAAUCUCCAGAACCCCAAGACCACCCUUGCCCUUGCCGGACAGACUCCUACAAUCUCCGCCGAGGAUGUAGUACCUUUUACCGUUAUCGUUACCAACGAGACUGUCAUGACCCAGGAUCUUUUGCAGGAAAUUGUGACCAGCUACGUGGAAGGUGAUGAUGUCUACGCCGAGGACUUUCUCACUGGUAUCUACAUUUCGUCAACCGCGAGGAGCGCAGUCGUAGAUUCGUCUGCUCUGAAUUACUUGUCUGGAAUCAACGUUUCCUAUCUCUUCCUUGAUUCCACCUUCUCGAGCAGCAGCGACGAUACUUCAGGUGACUUUAUCACCGCGGUAUUACCGGCUCCCGAUGCCGCUGCAUUGCCGGCUGGUCCCUAUGCGGCAACAUUCAAAGCCGGCUCGGUAUCGUUCUCAUCAGUUUACCUCCUGUACCCGGACACUUAUCGAGACUUUCUGUAUGGCGCCUAUGACGCCAACGAUGGCCAGGGGACAUUCAACCCUCUUGGACUCUUCUUGCCGAAGUUCUGGGACCCUAUGAUUCCUGUUCCUUCUCGCAUCUAUAGUUGGAACGAUGAUAGGCCAUUGGCCGGCGAAAGGGUCGCUAUCAAAGAUUUGUUUGAUAUCAAGGGCCUGCAGACCUCUGCUGGCAGCCAGGCCUGGGCCUACAUCACCCCUACAGCGAACGAGACUGCACCUGCCGUACAGCGGAUCAUCGACCUUGGUGGCAUCAUUAUCGGGAAGCAGAAGCUUGCGCAAUUUGCGUCUGGUGCCAAUCCUUGGGAAUGGCAGGAUGCGCACUACCCUUUCAAUCCUCGCGGUGAUGGCUGGCUUACUUGUUCCGCAUCAUCAUCAGGCGGUGGAUGCUCCAUUGCUGCUUACGAUUGGCUCGAUUUUGCCAUUGGAAGUGAUACAGGAUCGUCGAUGAGGCGACCGGCGGCAGUAUCAGGAACCUACGGCCAACGACCCUCGCAAGGUCUCAUAUCUCUUGAGCGUGUGAUACCUCUAGGUGAUGCCACAGAUACCGCGGGAGUCUUCAGCCGGGACCCCUACAAGUGGAUCAAGUUUUCGAAAGCCUGGUACACGCCUGCCCUGCAUCAAGACGUCUCUAUCACGGGCCUUUCUCCGCUGGUGGUGCCUGACUCCGAUGCCUUUCCUCGGACGAUCCUCUACCCUGUAGAGUAUCUUCCGCUGAACAACUCGGCCGCUCAACCCAUCUUAGAGGAGUUCAUCGCCAACCUGACUCGCAUCUUUAAUAUGACAGUCACGGAAUUCAACUUCACUGCCACAGUCCAGAACGCCACUGUAGAGGCCGCCAGUAACCUGACAGCGUUAAACGCCGCAACAGGUGUUAUUAACACAUACUCUCAGUACGAGAAAGUCGCGCGACCGCUCAUCGAACGCUGGGCCGAGCUCUUUGACGGCCGCUUCCCGCCCAUCGAUCCCGCGCGUCGGCGAACCUGGAGGACGUAUAACGACAGCUUGUAUACUGCCGAAUACUACGCCGACGCCCUUGCCCUCAAGCGCGAAGCCGUAGACUGGUACGAAGCGAACCUGCAAUACAGCACUCCCGAAUCGUGUUCCGAAAGCUUGAUGCUGUACGACAUUGGCACCGGGGGCCUGCCAUCGUUCCGAGAGCAGGUGCUCAAUGACUCUCCAGACGCCUCGUAUCUUGCUGUGCUACCGAAUACGGGCGCGAAAGUCACGGUUGCGAGUAUCUGCCCGAUUUUUGGAUGCGCGGACUUUACGGUGCCGAUAGGGCAGGUGCCGUACUUUAGUAACGUCACGUUUGUGGAGGAGAUGGUGCCGGUGACUAUUAACAUGGUGGUUAAGAGAGGAUGUGACUUUGUGCUAUACAACAUGAUUGAGAGAUUAGCGAAUGAGGGGGUGCUGAAGACAGUGAAGACAGGAAGGACUGCUUUUUAG